UCAAUGGCCUUGAGUGUGGGUGUCUAAUGUAGUAUUGGAUUAUGUUGUUAUAUUGGUAGCUGGCAGUGGUUUUAUGGGAAAUGCUCCUACAUGAGCAUUAAUUUAGCUACAGGUGUUCAGGUAGAGAUUGGGGGUGAGAGGGGGACUGUGCCUCAACAAGAAUGAGAGGUACACUGGAUUAGGUUUUUGCUGAGCUAUCUUCAGGUAUAUCAGCUGUAGGGACAUUCAAUUUAAUAUAGGGUUUAAUGGUUAAAAGCUGCUAGAAGGCAGGGGAAAGUCUGGUCUAUGAGAAGGUGUGGAAAGUAGGGGAGGAUUUAAACAGCAGAUUCUUGGGGGUGUGGCUUUCUUAAAUGAGAAUAGUCCUGUAUUAGAAGGCCUGUUCAUUGGCUGACUGCUUUGGUUCCAGAAGAGGUAGGCUAGAAAAUGAAUGCUUCUCCUGCUUCAGAAAGCGGACCCUAUUCCACAGCCCAAAAGCCCUUUUUUUACGCACAACCAACCGCCCAGCAAAUGUUCCCGAGUCCGUGCUUCCUUGGCCCUGUAUACAACUCAUAUGGCAUUCCUACCACAGGCUUUAGAAAUGGAAAUCCAUAUUACCCACUUUAUUCUAUACCUGUCCACGACUACCCGGGAUAUCUUGUCCCACAGCAUCCCAUGCAUAUGAGAGUUAACAGAAGACCUUAUUUUAAUGGUCAUCUACCCUCGCCCAUGUUUUAUCAAGCGACACGGUUCAGGCACUACAACCCAGGGAAACGAACGGAGACUAAAGAAACACAGACGGAUCCGAAGCAGGCUGAAAGCAAACUGAAGAAGCACCAAGAUCACAGUAUGGAAACACAAAAUUGUGCUGCUGGAAGUACAGCCUACACCCCUUCUAGUACUAGUAAAGGAGGUGAAAGCCCCUUGGAAAAACAGGACAGGGCUGUAUUUUCUCCUGUUUCAGACAGAGACUUUGCCAAGAACUCUUCAGGGUCUGUACAGUUCCGAAGCCUCCCCCCGCCAGGGUAUGCCUACGAGAAAGAGGAGGUUAGGAUAGAAUAUGAUAACGAUGGUGCCCCUGCCAUUCAGUUAUGGAAGUCCUUCAAAGAAACAAUCCCUCUCUAUGAUGUGGCAGAGAAGUCAGUCCCAGAGAAUGUAAUGCAAAGAGAUGUGUUUGCCCUGGCUUCCUGUGAAGGAGUUCUGUAUGGGCCUUCGGACCGAGGGGAGUUGGUGCCAAGUAUUACUUACCCAGAGGAGCAAAAGGCUCUUGAGGAUGGGCAACAGAAAGGAAAACUGGCUGCCGAAAACCAAGGAACUGCAAGCCAUUGGACAAGAUCUCCCCCAGAUGAAACCAAAGCAGCGCAGAGGGCUGAACCAACUGGGCCUGACUUGAAAGGAGAGAGGCAAGAAACCGUGAUGUCCAAAGGAUCCUCUGGCUUAAAAAGACCAAGUGGUCCAAAAACUCACCAAGAAGUGUCAGAUCAGAUUCAACAAAGUGAACAACUUCUGUUUGGCAGAGAGAAAACAAAUGAUGCUGAUUUCCCUGAGAAACCUGGGGGAAAUAAUGAGAUGUCCCUUGAAAGUCAAGCAUCUCUAGAGAAAAGUCUAUGGUGUGAUGAGUCAGCGACAUACAUUCCUUCAGACAGCUGGUUAGCUCGUAUGGACACCAUGGACCCCAACCACAACAUGUAUGCGUCCCAGAGAAAACGCCCAAGUGUACUCAGCCUUACAUCUGAUGAGAUGUCUUCUGUGGAUGAAGGCUCAUCAGUUGAUAACAUAGCAGUGUCUUAUUUUGCCCCUGGCUACACAUUUCAGAAAACCGGGUAUCCCUUCAAAAAAAGCAUAGAGGGCUCAGAGAGAGAGAAAAUUAAAAGUGGAGGUUUUCUCAAUGAAGAGGAGGACAACGAAGACAAGGUGGGAGAAGAGCAGGUGGGUGGUAGUGAGGGCCAGAACAUGAAGAACAGUUCAAGGAUCAAAAUUAAAGAGCUUUCCAGUCGAAGUAGGAAGCUGGGUACUCUGCCAAGAUCUUCCAGUAGAAAGAAGCUCUGUUCCCUUAAAAAAAAAGCUGCUAAGAGUUUGUCACCAUCAGAACCUGAGGACUCUGAAGAAUACUGGGUGAAAGAGCCAGAUGACGAGGAAGAGGAGAAGGAAGAAUACUACUUGAUUCAAGGAGUUGGUCCCUAUGGAACUUUAGCCCCUGCCAAAUACGGCCUCUACCGACAGGAUGGCCAACAAAUAUUUUGGAAGAUACCAAAAAAUGCUGUUCCAGCCCAGCUCAUCAGUUGGCCUGUUCAAGAAAAAAUAAAAAUUUCUAAACCAGCUAACAAACUGAAGGACCAAGAAGAGGAUGAAGAUCUCUGUAGUGACUACAACAUCUAUCUGAGGAAACCUACAGCCCAAGAACUCGAAGUGCUUGAACAUAGAAGGAAUUCACAAAGGUAUUCAGGAAAGCUACUGAAGGAAGGUGGAGGAGUCCUAGCUGAUGACUACUGGCUAAAAAGCGGAGCUAAGCCCAAGUUUGCUAGCUUGCUUCAUGAUGGACUCUCUCCCACGGCCAAAAGCAGAGAGCUAGAAUGCACGCUGAAGAAGAAAGGGGCACGCAAACCUCCACAUAAGCGCAGGGACACAAGAGACGAUGCCGAAAUAGAAGAACAGUGGGAGAGAAUGAAAACCGCCCAUCAUCACAAAGUACAUGGAAUGAAAAGAUCUCUCUAUAAAGGAAGAUCAGAACUGUGAACAUGAUGAAGUUUCCCUGCUGUCUUCCUGAUGAGUUACAAUCAUCUUUUUUUUGUAAGCAACUCAGCAAGAUUUAAGUUGCACUCCAAAGGCAAGGUUCCUGAGUACACGCUGAAAAAUGAAAUGUAUUAAAGUCGGGCAUUAAAUUAACGGUGUUUAUUGUGUUGUUUCAAAUACUAUUAAAAUGUAAAAUUGCACAA